UGUCCCUUCCCCUGUUCCGUAGUUUGGGAAGCGGUUUGCGUAUGCAGCUGUUUCCGGCUGCCAGGUGUUGCCUGUGUUUCACGGAGCCCGCUGGGUCCUCAAAGCUGCAUUCUUGUAGUUGUGACUUUGGAACGAAGUGGAUGAAGCUCUGCGUUAAUGGGGAAGAAAAUGACUUAGCUAGCCGCGUCCAUCUCCGGAGAAGCUCAGCGGGGAAACGGAGACUAGGCCCGCGUAGUUUGCGCAAAGCCGUGUAGCUAGCUGGAAAGCACGCCAGCAACGCAGACAAGGCAACUCGGAGAAGACGAGGGUGCGGAGUGGAUUUUCAACAAAGACAAUCGGAUGCACUCGGGGGAAUAAUCAAAGCUCGCCGGUUGACCAUCAGAUAUCUGGCGUCCGUUAACGUCAUUACGAAAGACUUCUCUAAAGAUCUCAUGGUCAUCACCUCGCCUGGUGGCUAACUGGACAUUAAACUAUCUGGCUAACGUCCGUUGGCCAUAAAGUUUCUGUGCGAUUCACGCCACAAAAAACAGGACCCCCUAACGAUGACAGCAAUGUAAGUCUGAUUUCGAACCACCAAAACUCUUAUUUCUGUUUUUUAAAAGGGUCACACUCGGGCACAUUCGACCGCAAGCAGCAGUUUACCCAUGAAACAAACGCGUUUAUUCCUUGUUGGUUUUUUUUAAAACAAUAUUUUUUAUAAACCUCAUCAAAUAAAAAUAGUUUUAGGCAAGAUACGCCUCUGUGAUGGGAACAAUCGGCUAGCAGCCGUAACUGGAACCAAAAUAAUAAAUUUCUAGCUGAUUGUCAACCAAUUGCUUUUACCUUUUUUUUAAUCAUCCAGUUCGAUAUAGCACAGAAAUCUGCUGGCUGGCAUCAACUGUCUAGCUAAUUUGACUACGAUUUGCGAAGGAAAGUGAAUAAAAAUAGGCAAUCCCGCAGGUUGGCUUCACGUUUUUUCCUCAGUGUAGCUAGCUAGGUGGCUUUAGCGUCGGUAAUAACGUCCUUGUGUUUUGGGAAUAAACAAAGGCGAACUGAGCGGCGCCGCGGCGAAGCUCGGUCAAUCAAACCGUGGAAAAAGGAGAGGGACAUGACAUUAUUGUUCGUGUAGCCAGUUGGGUAUUUUGGUGGUGAUUGGUUUAAAAUGCACCCUCGGUUAACAUUUAGCUAGCUACGUUAGCACAAGUAAAUCAUUUUUUAAAGGCUGCUCAUGUACUCUGCUCACAAUUUUGCAUGUUGGUUCAUGUUUAGUGACUCUUACGCGUGUGCAAACGUUACAUAAUUUAUACGGCUAGUCAGCUGCGUAUUUCACCUGCAAGGGAGUACCAUCCUACACUCAGAAAAUUAAGCCUCGGCGCUCAAGGAAAAAUAAAUAAGUGAAAUUCCUGGGCGUUGUCACGCUAUUGUGUAGUGUUUGGGCAGGUAACAAGGGACAGUUUCAUUAAGGCAACACACCUGGUCGAUGUGUCAUUUACCCGAAUGACACGGUCAUGUCGUCAGUGCUAGCGAUUCCAAUAAACUGAAAGCGAAGUUACCCUAGUUUUAAUAUUUUACGAAACGAAUCAGUUAACAUAAGUAGGCGAAUGGUGUUGCGAUAGGCUCAAAUAGAUAAUUCAGCUGUAUAAACCGCCCUCUUAAAUGACCAAAAUAAGUAGGCUAUCUUAAAAUGACCUUUCCAAGUUGAUGUUUACUUCUGGGUUUUUAAACUUUUUGUAACAGACAAGUCAGAGGUAUUUGGAAUAAGCGUUUUUGUUACCAAGUUUCUCCAACUGUCUAGUCCAGGAAAUACGCCAUAAAAUCUCCCCCCCAAAAACCCCUCCUUUUGAGAGACUGAAUAAUCAUGACCGCUGUAGCGAGUCGAGUUUGGGGGUGGGUGCGCCCAGCCCUCUCCUACCGGCCCUGGGGCGGAAAGCACGCGCCAGAGGAGGAAGAACCCGCGAAAGGCAGUUGGGGUUGGCCAGGUGUGCCGGCUUGGGUUUGGUGGGGUUGGAAGAAGCAGAGCGACCCCAUGGAAACGGACAUGCAGUACUGGGAGACGGAGGAGAGCAUCGAGAACAUGGAGGUCGAAGACCUGGGAGCUGCCAUGAUGGUGGGGGAGGAAGCCACGGAGAGCGCCCCCAGGUGGUGGAGCCGAGUACUGCCUUCAACGUUAUUUUUUUGGCCGCGGGCGAGACAGUGGACCCAGGGCGGUUGGGAUACCGACAGAGACGGGGCAGAGUCGGAUUACGGGACCCCUCCACCGUCCCCCACCCCGCCCUCGUCGCACCCCCACCUGGCCUCCCCAUUCCGCCUUUUCGCGGGGUCCUGGAAGGGCGAGGUCCUCCCGGAGCACUACGAGAUCUGCUUCAACUUCCUCCGCCACCUCUUCGACCUGCUGGUAGUGGGCUUCCUGUGGGCGGUGGCCCCGCCGGUCCGGGCCGUGCUGGAGGUGGCCGGCCUGCAGGGGGCGCUCAAGCUCUGGGUCCACGGGAUGGUGCUGUUCCUGGUGUCCACCACGGGCAUGGCGGGCAUCCUGUGGGUGAUCCAGGAGUACCUCCCGCAGUUCGCCUUGGUCUACGGCAUCGUCCAGGCCCUGGUCAUCUCCGUCAGCGUCCGCCAGAGCGUCAUUCUGGGGGAGGGGGAGGAGGAGGAGGAGAGGGGAGGGGAAGAGCUGGACGGGGAGGAAGACGACGAGAGGGACAGGAGAGAGGAGGGGGAGGCGGAGCCUGUGGACGCCGCGGCUGAGGGCAGGAAAGGACAGAGCGCGGCCUGAAGGGGGGAGGACGUGGCGGCCUCAGGCGAUGGAGAGAAACCAGGCAAAGCCACAUCUUCAAGAACAACAUGCACAAAGUCCCCCGGCCCCAGCAGCCGAGUCCGGCCGCAGUACUGUGUGAAAACUCUGGCCUUUGCGUCACCAGGGAUGGAAACAGCCAGACGAUGCUGCCUGGACUUUUCCUGUUUUUAGCCACAUUUUCACCUGGAUUAUCAACACUUUCAUUUCUUAUUUUUACCCCACGUCUCUCGCUCUGAAUGAACACUGUAGCACAAACUGCUACACCCUGUAGCACAAACUGCUACACGCUGCGGCACAAACUGCUACACGCUGCGGCACAAACUGCUACACACUGUAGCUCAAACUGCUACACCCUGUAGCACAAACUGCUACACGCUGCGGCACAAACUGCUACACGCUGCGGCACAAACUGCUACACGCUGCGGCACAAACUGCUACACACUGUAGCUCAAACUGCUACACGCUGCGGCACAAACUGCUACACGCUGUGGCACAAACUGCUACACCCUGUAGCACAAACUGCACCAUCAACUUUGCUAUGAACUGUGUUUUUGGACAAGAAGAUUACCCCAUGAAGGGAAGUGAUUCAAAAUUGAGAAUAAUAAUAACAACAACAUUAAUAAUAGCAACAACAAUAACAAUCAUAAAUGGACUACUUUAGUUAUUUUCUUUUAAUAGCCCGACAGCCAUAUAAGUCUUAUGUGCUGUAUACGUCUGGAUUGUGCAGUUUUUAGUGCAGAACUGAAAGCUUCAGGCCCACUACACCGAAACUUUGACCUUUUUUGGGGGGGGGGGGGGUUAGGGUUCAGAACAGAGCGUUGAAAUGACUGAACCCUAACUUGGUUACAGUUCAGGGCAGGAAUCUCCAACUCCAGCCCCAUCAGCUAGGUUCUGGAUGAGGGGAGGGGAGGGGAGUGGGGGGGGGCGGGGGGCAGUGCCUGCUGGAUUUAGGCAUUUCCCCUGCCGCACCUCCGGGACCAAAGUUUGAGACCUCUACUCUAAGGUGAUCCAGUCCUCACAAGAUCCAUGGUGAAAGAAGUGUGUUUCAUCCAGCAAGAUUAUACAGAUUAUAAAGAUUAUAAUCUAUUCCCUGUAACAGAUUAUACGACUAAGAAUCUGUGUGUUCAGUACAUACAGCGAACUGUGAAAGAGAAUGGAGUUCAGAGUGGGAGGUGUUAGAGUUCAGCACACCAUUUGUGAACCUCAUUUCCCAUCAGCGUCUCUGGAAAGUGAAGCUACCUGGAGAACUUGGAGGGACAGAACCAGUGAUGUAGUUCAUUUUCAAUGUAACCAUGGCAACAGUGCUGUGAAUUCGUUCAGGCUCCCUUUCAAAUUAAAGGGUGAGGUGGCUGUUUUUUUUGUUUUUUUUUUAACCAUUGAAAGGGUUUCAGGGCAAAAUGACUUGAACACCAGGCAAAGCUGAGGCUUGGUAAGGAAGCAGAGGGGACUUUGGAGAUGUUUAUUUCACUGUUUUGUGCGAGUAUUUUCCACUUUCAGUUUUAAUGGUUUUAUUUUGUGUGCAGAAGCCUUGUCGAUAUUCCACUGCAUGAUAACUCCACUGUGUUUGAGGAGAGUUUUACUUUGAUUACCUCUGGCUACACACUUUAUAUGUAAUAUAAAAUCUGCCCUGACUUCUGUCCUAUUAGCCCCGUGGCUCACCUAAUGCCCCUCUUUUAUCCCCCUCUUGGCAUCCAUAGUAAUUUCUGCAUUAUUUUCCUGUCCUCAUCUUUGCUAGUGUUUUGUAUUUCCACGUGCUAGCACACCCGUUUACUCUGCAUGUUUAAUGCUAACUCCAAAUAUGUAUGCGUAUAUAUUUAUCCUGUGUCUUUUGUACUUAAGCCCUGUAUGAUUUCAUAUAGUGUGCCAUAGACCAUGAACAGUGGAAAUAGCGUUGUUUUGGUGGCUACUUUUUUCCGCUUCAAACAAAAAAAAAAAAAAAAAAAAAACAUUUCUUAAUUUCCUGCCACACAUGGUUCCUGCUGUAAAGGUACUUCUCCAUCAGCUGGCAUAAGCCAAUCAGGCGGCCCUAUCCGGCUUUUAAACGCCAAGCGUUUUGCACGCGGAUGUGCAGGUGUUCAUGGCGAGUUAGGAUGACGCUACGUUAGAGCUGUAAAGUUUAAAAGCGGCUGCUUUUAGUUUGCUGGUUUCUGCAGUUCUGUCUCCAGUAGAUGUGUUCAGGGGUUUAGGAUUUCACUCCUGUUAAUGUGAUAAUAUUUUGGGGCGUGAAUUGAAACUGAAACACUCAUUUUCUGAAUACUUCUUUUUUUGUUAAUAAAAUAUCCCUGUGUGACCACAGUGAGGGAACUGAGUGAGAGUGCACUUUCCUGUAUUUACUGAUGCAAUGUGGAGUCUGCUUUAGUUUGACUGAUGUCAAAGGGACCGUUUUUGGUAAUACAAAUCAAAAUGGUAUGUUUAUGGUAUUAUUAUUAUUUGUGAGCCAUAUUGAGUUGUUAAGUUCCAGCGGUUUGUUUGCAGCCGUAUUUUCCUUUUCCCCGCAUUAGAGGAAGAUUUGCUGGUGCUGCUGCCACGCAAAGAGCCGGGUGUUGGAGAGGAACGGAGCGGUUACGGUUGUGUUCUUCUGUGUUUUUUUUGCCACGUGUGUUCAGUGUAAUCCUGAGCCCCCUUCACACAGCGGGGGAGGACUCUACCUGUUACCCACCGUUAUCCACCAGUGGACACUGAGCCCCAAAUAGAAUUUUCUCCUUGAAAAUAAAGUUGUUCUGUUUUUUUCUG